AUGGCAAAGACAUUGACUUCAGGAGACAACUGGAAACAGUUAGUGGCUGAGAAGGAACAAGAAUGGUACAAAGCAUAUCAAUUGAGAGUGCAAGCUUUAGAAAAAUCAUGUGAUGAAAAAACAACCAAACUGGAAUCCCUUGAGAAAAAAUAUUCAAAACUGAAAGAGUUUUUUGAAUACAACAUCCAAUUGAUUUCUCAAAGAGACAAGGAACUUGAUCGCCUUGAAAUUAUGGUUAAAGAUUUGAGUGCAAAGUUGAAUGUUGCCAACGUGGAGCUGAGUGAGGGAAAAAUAAGAGAAGAUGAAUGUCGCAGACAAUUGGCUGAAUUUGACAAAUCACAAGCAGAAUUACGAAUGCAUUUUCAGCAGCGCUUACGAGAAAAGCAAGCAGAAAUAGAUAACUACAGAAUAGGCAAAGAAUCCAAAUUGGAUCAAGAACGCAAAGAAUAUGAAGACCUUAAGAGAAAAUUAGGCCAGAAAAUAUUGAAAGCAGAAGAAUCUUUUGAACUGCAGAAAAGGGAACUGUCUAUUAGUUUUGAUGAUGCUUUAAAGAAGAGAGAACACGAAUUUCGUCUCAAAAUGGAUGAAAUGAAUAAUGCUCUGAAAGCAGAACAAAUAAAGGUUAAAAUUUCAGCCAAAGAAUUGGAAUUGCUGAAAGCCAAUCAACAGGAAGCAGAAAAUUCCUUAAAUAUAAUUGAAAGUAACCAGCAAGAGUUGGAAAAGACAUUAAAGCAGAAAGAAUGGGAGAUAAAAGAUUUGAAUGCCAGCCAUCAAGUCAGGCAGGCUGAGCUGGAAGCCCAUGUUUCUGCUGUUAGCCGUAAUAAAGACAAGAUACAGGAAGACUUUCAGAAAAAGUUCAACGAAAUGGAUGGCAAUUUGCGACAAAAGGUCUGUGAUAUUGAAAAAUUGCGUUCAGCUUUAGUUGAACAAGAAAAGGCUCACAUUUUAGCCAUCAGUGAUCUUCAGUCUGAAAAUGAAAUGGUUGCAUGUGAAUUGGCAAAUCUAAAAACAACACUGACAGAAAAGGAACAUGAAAAGAAUGCUGAGAUGAAAAGGUUGGAAAAAGAAUUAGAAAAUGUCCACAAUGAAAUGGAAUCUCAGAAAAAGAAGGCAUCGCAGUCUUAUGUUAGGCGAGAAAUUGAAGUGCAAGAAAUAAAGGAAGACAAAGUGAAAAUGAAUGUUUACAUUCAGGAAUUGAAAGACACAAUUGAAAGGUACCAGAAAGACCUGAAUGCUGCUAUUGAACGAGAGGCCCUUUUGGAACAGUCUAAAUCUCAGCUCAAUAUUGACUGGCAAAAGCGAUAUGAGUCUGCCGAGAGAGAAGGUUUCCAGAAAUCUGAGUCUUUAGUUCAAAAAUUAACUAAAGCUAGAGAUGAGGCCUUAGCAACUGUGAAAGAGCAAAAACGUAUAUUGGAUCACCGAGGUAAGAGUCUUCGAAUCAUGGAACUUGAAAAAAACAAAGCUUAUGAAAUUUUGUCUUCAUAUAACAUUGAGAUUCCAGAACAAGACAAGCUGUCAUCUGGUAAUUUGGAAGUAAAUUCUGAUUUGACAGAGGAACUAUUUUCAUUACGGGAGCAGAACACCAACUUACGUUCAGUGAUAAAAGAAAUGCGGCAACAAAUGUCGGAAAUUGAGAAAACACAGCAAGUUUCACCUAAAAGAAAUGCUGAGACACAUAACACUGUAAAAAAGACGCUCAGUGUUUCAGAAGAAUAUGUGCAUUCUUUGGAGAAUGCUUUAAAGGAUUUGAAGAAAGAAAACAGGACGCUCAAACUAAACCUGCCUAAUCCAGACAAAGAAGUGUCACCUGAGAUCAAAAUGCCUGGAGAUUUGAACCUGGAUCAAAUUGCAAAUGUCUCAGACAACACAGUCAUUCGAACACAUAUUCAAUCACUUAAUCAAGCUUUAGGUGAUUUAAAGAAAGAGAAAACAGAAUUAUUGGCACAUGCCAGGAAGCAGCAAGUUCGGAUUACUUUCUUGGAAGAACGUUUAAAAACUUCUACAGAACAGCCUCAAAAGAAGCAAAUUGCUUUAGACCAACUGAAGUAUGAGUUGAAUGUGAACAUGCAAAGAUCUCAGGCCGAGAUAAACAGCCUGAAGAAACAGAUUGCAGAACUUGAGUUACAAUUAACAGAAGCCAGAGGUGCAGCAGAUGAAUAUCAUCGGGCUAACCUAGAAAACAAUAUUGAAAUAACAACUUUAAGAAAUGAGGUGUCUUCAUUAAAAGUAGAAUUGUCAGAAAAAAGACCAACAUUAAAUUUUGGUGCUCAGGAACUUACCAUUCAGCAACUUCAAGAAGAAAUUCUUAACCUUAGGCAGCGUGCUGCAAAGCUCACACAGAAUGACCAAGAGCCAACCUACCAAAGAUCUGUCUCAAGUGAUAAUGAUUCUCAUGCUUUAGUAGCCAAACUACAGGCUAAAUUGUCUGAUUCAGUCAAACAUAUUGCUACAAUUUCUCAGGACAGACAGCGUUUGAUUGAUCACAGUAACCGUUUGCAAUCCGAGCUCAACAAAAUCAAAAUGAACUAUGGUUUAUUUAAUAACAAUCAAAUUCCUGCCAACAAUGGACUCUCAUCUUUGCAGUCACCUGACUCUGGUGAUGUAGAAAUAGCAAAUGGACGAUUACCUGAGCUGGAAGAUUUGCAUUAUAAACUGACAAAACAGGAGUUGCAAUAUGCACAAAAGUAUCAAGCAUUCCCUUCCAAACCUUCACAAAUAAAUGACUUGCCAGUUAGGGAUGAGCCAGUCUUAUAUUCUGAUACAUUAAAAGUGAUGGCUGAUAAUCAAAUACAGCAGCCACGCUCAUGUCUAUUGAGAUCUUCAUCAGAAGGUGGACAGUCUCUUUUUGAUGUAUGGAAGUUAUUAGAAGAAACAUCAACUAUCAGUUCUGUGCCUCCAAUACAAGCUACAGAAAUUCUGGCUGCUGAUGAGGAAGUUAAACAGGCAGAGAAAAGUAAAACAUCUUUUGGUUCAAAUCCUUUUCGUUCUUUCUUCUUUUUCUUUUUCUUUGAUGAGGAUGACCACGAAAUAGAAAGUUCGUCAUUGUCAUCUUCUUCAUGCUUUCUUUUCUUCGACUUGUUUCGUUGUUGUCCAUGA